AUGGAGGAGGGUACAAGGCACACAAUACCGCUCCAGGACAUUGUACGCGAGGCGCUGGCAGAGCAGGUGGAGUCCUUCACCCCCAUUAAACCACCUCCGCCGCACUUUCUCAACGAAAUUGCAGCUGGACGUAAUCGUCAAGCUGCUCGGAGCCAGAUGCUUGAGGCGGCACGGAAGAGGGUUUCGGAAAGAAAGGACAGCAAACGGUCCCACACCGCCAACAUGGAUUACUUCACUGGUGAUACUAUUAAUCUACGCCACCUUCGGGAGGAGAAACGUCGAGCAGCUCUCAUUGUUGAUCGUGCAAACUAUCUAGAGCACGUGGAGGAUACUCGUAAGCCACUGCAGCUCUCCAAGAAAGAGAUUGAAUUUCACAGUUACUUAUCAGGAAAUAUCUAUUCCCAGACGAUUGUGCUCACCAAUCCAGGACCAACGUCUCGGAGGUAUAAUAUUCUACCUCCGGAUGCACCUUUUACUUGCGCUACACUUGCAGGGGAGCUGAAGCCGGGGCUUUCUAAGACAAUAGAGGUACUCUUUCGUCCAGAAAGCUGUGCAGAUGCUCAAGGUGUACUUACAGUCCGAGCAAAAAAUUUUCAAGCAGUAGUGCCAAUUCGAGCAGCGAAUGAAAAGGCUAAUUUCGUGUUUUUAGAUUGCUGUUUAGACAAUAAUGAAAGCUCUGACAUCUCGAACAUCAAAGUAGAAGAGAUAGCGCCUUCAGACUCACGUAAAUAUAACAAAGUGUUUAACGUCGAUCUGGGUCCAAUGAUGUGUCGCCACGCACAGAAGCACAACCUUAGUCUUAUAUUGCAACACAAGGCCACCAUGCCAUGGCAAGAGUAUGUGCAAACUCAUAGGUUGCCAAUUCAAUCACAAUAUGCAGAGCAACCUCAGGAAGUUCCAAUCCUACAUUCGAUCCAUGUUACAAGUGUUUCAGUAGAGAACUCUAGCGGUGAAUGCAAGAUGGAUUUAUAUCUAAAUAAGGAAUCGUGUGAAGGUUGCUAUUUUCCGCUAGAUCCUCCGCUGAGCGGCAUGCGAACAAAGCUGGGGAAAGACAGACACGCGCGCUUAGAGACUGCUAUGGCUCUUGCAGAGAGCGUUGGGCUUCUGGAUCCUGCUGGGGUAGGUAUUCAUCUGCGGACUUCGUUCAGAAAAGAUGCGAGUCUGAAUGCGGAUAGCCCAGUCGCUGUUGGUUCUUUGUCCUCAUCUGCUAGAGAUAGGCCGGAAUAUCUGUGUAGAAUGGAGCCGGAUGGCAUAUUGUCCUUGGAGCUGGAGUUUGGAGAUAACAUACAAGCGACAGAUACGCAUAUCGUUUCUAUUCUAACUGCAGAACGAUCGUCCUUGGAGAUUCGGCUGCAAGGAUACAUUAGCAGUGGGUUUGUCGAGAUAUCUUCGGUAGGCUCUACGCCCCUAUCUACCAAACCACGUAGUCUCAUCAAUAUCAGCCAAUUUCUCGAUGGAAACUAUACCCUUCUACCAGACCAGCUUUUGAAUAUUAAAACUAGCCUGUAUACUGAUGGAGUGCAGAGGCUUCCUAUUUACAUUAAUAUUAGUAGUCUUCCCGACAAGCUGCUGCAUGUAUCAUUAUUGGAGUAUACCCAUGAGUUAGCCAGAGGUAUUGUGCCUGCAAACAGAUUUCUUGAGAAUCCACGAGCAGCAUACCCCUGCGAAUACAUCGAUACUGUUCGUCCAACUUCUACAAGUAGCUCGUCUCAAUUGGGUAUCUUUUCAAUUCAGGAUAUCAAAACCCUUGCUGACAUCCCAACAGAAGAUAAUGGUCAGAUUGACAGCUAUAUGAAAAUACUCAAUCUAUAUUUGCAUUUUUCUGAAAACAUUACCACACCACAGAGAUGCAUCUUGGAACUUUCAUACUAUCUUCCUGGUGUGUAUGCACCGAUAUUGCGAAUUCUAUUCACUGCUGUUCCUAUCAGACGUAAUCCAGCUUCAGUCAACAUGCUGGAGACGGCAUUAGCAGAACAGCUGCUGAUAAACAGUUUGACGGAGCUCCGAUCUGAAAAGAGAACCGAUUAUAUAUUUAUUUCCAAGCCGUCUAUUGACUUUGGUCUAGUUGCCGUAUCUGAGACGGCCAGAUUCUGUUUCAGCGUCCGUAAUUGCAGCAAGACAGUCUUUUUCCCAUUCAUAGUGAGUAUAAAUCUGAAAUCUCACGCAGUAUCUAUUACAGCGGGCCAGACUCCAGGAGGAAUCAAUUUCGUCUUGCAUGAUAACACAAUAGAGGGGAAGAGUCGUAAAAUCUCAGAGACUGUUGAGUUCCCAGAUGUUGUGGAGAUGCUAGAUAAUGCUAAGCGCACUUCAGCUAUUGAAAAGCUGAAGCCGGUCAUCACCACAGCUGGAAUGGAGCUGAAGGGAGAUGAUGAAGCUUGUGAAGAAGAUGUUUCUCAGUUGAAACAGGCUCUUCCAGGAAAUGUUAAUGAAUUCCUCAAGCAUAACAAGGUAUUUGUACCAACUAAUGUCCCAACCAUCAGAACAACUCAAGGUAAUACAAAAGCGCUCAAGGAACUAAAGAUAAGCAAGCACUUGGCUAACAGCUGUCUCGGUACUAGCACUGGAUCUGGAUUAAGUGUCAGUGGAAAAGCUUCCAUCACAUUUGGGGUCACCCACUCCAACGACGCAGAGCACACCUCUUCCGUUCCUGAACUAGAGACUCUUAAGUCACGGAUGCUGAAGAACAAAGGGAAUAUAACAGGACUCAACGAUGUGCUGAGUGUUUAUCCCUCUUGUGGUAUUCUUCCACCUCGUACACAGGUGCAAAUUAAUGUGGAGCUUUGUCCUCUAUCUAUAGGUCCCAUAGAGGCAUUUCUGGUUAUAAACACACCCUCGUCUCAAUAUUAUGCCAAUGUCAUUCGGAGGAUACAGGUACACUUGAAAGAGCAAGAAAUGCGCAUGUCAACUUAUCAGUCUGGGUUGAACAAGACGGCCCUAGAUCGCAUCUACAAGGAGCGUUGCCUUGUAACAGUCCCCGAGCUCGAGCUUAUACGCUAUCAAGAAAAGCUUAAUAAUACGCGUCUUUACUCUGCGUCUGACAAACCUAUAGACGGUAUACUAGGCCAUACUAGAAGCACGGCAAGUCUUACCCAUGUUAGAAGCAGGAAAAGUCUUAAGAGCUUAACAGAUACGUCUUCACUGGACGACGAGCAGCCGCUGUGGCUUGGGAAUGCGGAUACAAAUCUUUCGGAUGACACUAGAGAUGAAUUCCUCACUGAAACUCCCGAAGGAAUCAUGUCUAAUGAUAGAGACGUCUGUUGUAGGGUAUUUGGUGUUGUUGCUGCACCAUCUGUAGCAUUUCUAGAAGAAUUUAUAGAGCCGACAAUGGACAGCGUUAAGUCUGUUACCAUUCAUCUUAAAAAUACUGGACUAACAGAGAUAACCGUCAAUCUAACUGUUCUGAAAGGAGAUGCAAUGCUAAUCCAGCCCAUCACCGAUGAACAGCGAGCGAUACUGACACCAAACUCACUCAUGGCAUUGGUUAACUCGACCCUUUUACGAAAAGAUAUUACACUUACAUUGGGUGUUAACGAGACUAUACCAGUAGACGUGAUGCCUGGUGCCGAGCACGACUCUUAUGUUGUGGCGCGCAAGGAGCUAUCCUCUUUCGGAGCGUUAGCGUACAAAAUUAGUAAGGACCAGCUAGAUCUUUCUGACAACGUAAUGCUUUCUGCAGUUCUUAUUAAGGCCCGAGUAGAGUCUCCGCGGCCUUAUAUCUACCUUGCUAAUGAUCCACAGAAUAAGUACAUAAUUAGUGACCCUAAGAUACCCCUUACACCAGAGAUAUUCCUAGAUACAAAGCCAUACAAGCCGGUAGUCGUUGAAUUCGUUAUUGCUAAUCCAUCCGGCAACCCCUUUACUGCCGAGCUCACAACAGGUCCCGACUUGGUUGCUCCCAGUACUAUCAAGAUCCCGCCCAAAUCAAAAACGUUUGCCGCUUUUGCAAUUCUUCCAGAUAGAUCCGGUCAGAUGACUACGUUUAUUAAUUUCCACGAUUGUCCAGUGCGAAUUACCCUUAACGCAAUUGGACCAGAUAUUGUUAUCUCUUCUCCCUAUAUUAAGAACUCUAAUUUGUUGGUUGAUCAUCAAGGCAUGGCAGACGACGUUCUUCCUAUUACUGGGCCACUGGACCUCUCUAAAGACAUGUCAGUUAGCCACAGACAACCAAAGAAGAGCUCAAAGUGGGACGAGAUAUUAGCCAUUUUGCCAAACAGAAUCAUCCACGUGCCUCUUACUUACACUGAACUAACAAAUAUAAUCUCUGACUGUGUGGAUACGCGGUCAGUAGAUAACGAAGGAGACGACCCCGGUGACCCUAACGAAGAUGCAACACAAUCACAGAUGGAAGUACUAGAUACUCAUCUAGCCGGCGGAGUCAAGCUGCCCAGCUCGCAGCAAGAAGCCUUUGCCCCUGUAAAUAGGGACGCAAAUCCUAUAUACCGCAUGACAAUAGAGGACACAGGAAAGGUGGUGCGUCCCUUGCAAAAUUAUCUUGACAUACUUGACAGCAAGAAAUAUGGAACCGUCAUCUCUCAAACUGCAACUUUCAAUCGUAGAGAAAACAAUAAAAAGCCGCUAGAUUUUUCUCGUAUGCUGACAAGCAGAGAGCGAUUCCUUGAAAUCAGACAGUAUCUGCCAUCUAUCUCUUUCAGCAAGACUGUCGGUGAAACAGCCAGUAGGGUAUGUAUUAAUGUAUUCAACCCCACAGUCACCGAUAUGGACGUCGAUAUCAAUGUCUAUGACAUCCCCAGCAGCUUUAUAGGACUGAGAGCUGCACGAGACACUUCUGGCCAUAUCUAUUUACAUCCCUCGGGACCAUUUGUCUCUGAGUCUGUAGAGCACAAGCCUGAUUUUGGGCGUCUAGGUCCAGAGUUUGACAUGACUGUGCUGCAUAGUGACCAGAAUUCAGAAUCAGCUACAAUCAAUACCCCUUCAACUCCAGCAGUGGACUCUACCACGGGUCACCAUUUUGCAGCGCAGCUAUUGCAGAGGAAUGAUGAUAAGGGGAAAGGAAUCAACAAGUAUUUUAAGGCAUCGCCUGAGCACGUGGUUGUUGGCUCUCAGAAGUCCGCAAAGGUCUACAUAGAGACCAUGAACUUUGACGCCUUUCGAGAGUUUGAGGGGCUACUAAGUAUAAAAGGGCUCUUCUUGUUGCUGAAGUGUCAACGUGUGCAGCCUCAGAUAUCUCUCAGCGACGGUAUUGAGCUUAUAAACAUUGCUGGCUCGUACGAGCGAGAUACAGACUUGUUGCUCAAUAUUUCCAAUCCUACGGAUGACUGUAUGUACACCUUGCUGUUGGACGUGCCUCCGCCCUUUGAGCUUCUUCAGAAGGAGCUAGCAGUUACCCCUACGCUUUUACGGCCGCACGGACUGCUCAGCUUCAAACUCAUCUUACCUGCAGUCAAUUGUCUCAAGAUGGCGCAAAACCAGUGGGUUGGGAAAGUCCCGAGGUCUCUUGAGGCAGCAACGACAAUUCUAGAUUUACUCAAGCAAGAGAGGACCAAGUUCCUGUUUGAUUCUACGCUCACCGUCAUAUUUCCAGAGUGUCGUGAUGCGGAGAAUACACCAUAUAAUAUUGUCUUCCCGAUAGCAUGUAGGAUUGAUGCGCCUGCCAUCACCCCAGAGUUCAGUAAUGUAACCUUUCAACCAGCCUUUGUGGGUGAGUACUCUACGAAGUACAUCAAGAUUGAAAAUCCAAUCCAUCUCUCUGCGUCCUGGGAAAUGCUCCACGUACCACUAGGAGAUGCGCAGAAGGUUGCAAACUUGGCCAUUAGGAAGCUUCCACCCAUGCAUCAUUUAGAGAACCUGCGCGAGCUCAAAGAGAAAUACCUAGUCAACGAGCUUAAUGACAUUAAGGCCAUUCUUCAGGCUGUGAACAGCACGUUUACGGAGAAGGCUUAUGGAUCUCUGUUUUAUGAUGGGCUGACAAAUACUAUCAUGGUCGAUGAUCCAUCAGUCUUCACAUUCGAUUGCUUUAAUGGAGUCAUUGAGGGGCACAACAAUACACACCCCUACAAAAACUUCACAAUUACGGCCAGAUUUACUCCUGCAGAUAACACGAAGAACUGUGCACUGUGUGCUACCAAGGAUGGCGAAAAGAAAAUAAAAUUCUUUUCAGUAUUCUAUAUUAGAGUGUAUGGUGGUGCCGGCGCGUGGAUUUUCAUGACUGGAGAGGUCACGGAAGAUAUCUUCCAAAUAUGA